AUCGAAAAAGAGUGAAAAUCGAGUUCACAUCUGUCAAAUUUGGGAGUGUUUUUACUUGCGUUCGUAAAGAAGUGGAUUUUUUCACGAAGGAAAAGCGGUCGGGUAUUCAUUUUCUGUUCAGUAUUGUCUGUUCGAAUGUCUGCUAUAUUUUGCAUUACGUGACGACGUACGGCAAACUGUUUCGAAUGUAUAAUUCGGCGUGUGAACUCUAGCCUUUUUCGGUGCACUUUUCAAAGCAAAGAUAGAAGGUAGAAGAGAACGGCUGUGUAGUAUACUAACUACUAAAAUCCGCGAAGUAUUCGUGUCGGAAAGAUUGGGCAUUUCGGCAAUAUACACAGCAAAGACGACGAAUGCCACAGCCGGAUCGGGAUACCGAAGGUAACAACAUGACGAUGAACGAUGACGGAAACGGAAUGAUUAUGAAUAGCAAUUCGACUACGACGGCUAAUAAUAAUAAUUCGACAAAUACAACCACAUCUACGACAAACGGAACUAAUGGAGGCGGAGGUGCUGCAGGGUUUGCUGGAUCUAACAAUGCCAGCAAACAAAAUAAUCUCGAUAAACGACCAACAAGUAUUAGCAGCAAUAGCAGUUCAACCUCGAGGUUCAUCAUUCCGAAGUCGAACGAAAUUGAAACAUUGCCACAGUUGAAAGAUACUCAACAGAGCGACCGAGAAGAGCUGUUCAUACAGAAACUCCGUCAGUGUUGCGUUUUGUUUGACUUCACUGAACCCUUGAAUGAUUUAAAGUACAAGGAAAUCAAACGUUGUGCUCUGCAAGAGAUGGUUGAGUACCUGAGCAGUCAGCAGCAAAUCAUUACAGAACCGAUCUACCCGGAAGCAGUUCAGAUGUUCGCAAUGAAUCUUUUUCGUACACUGCCACCGUCGUCUAAUCCCAACGGUGCCGAGUUUGAUCCAGAAGAAGAUGAACCCACACUGGAGGCUAGCUGGCCACAUCUGCAGUUUGUGUACGAACUAUUUCUGAGGUUUCUUGAAUCGCCGGACUUCCAACCGGGUGUAGCCAAACGGUACAUCGAUCAUGGUUUCAUUCUUAAUUUGUUGGAACUGUUCGACUCUGAAGAUCCUCGAGAACGCGACUUCCUGAAAACUGUGCUGCAUCGAGUGUAUGGCAAGUUUCUCGGCCUUAGAGCAUUUAUUCGGAAGCAGAUCAACAAUAUUUUUUAUAAAUUUAUCUACGAAACUGAGCAUCACAACGGAAUUGCUGAACUCUUGGAGAUUUUGGGCAGUAUUAUUAAUGGUUUCGCUCUUCCGCUAAAGGAAGAGCAUAAACAGUUUCUGCUUAAAGUAUUACUUCCGCUGCACAAAGUAAAAAGUUUGUCAGUGUACCACCCUCAGUUAGCGUACUGUGUGGUCCAAUUCCUGGAAAAAGAUCCAAGCCUAACACAGCCCGUCAUCAAGUGUUUGCUUAAAUUUUGGCCCAAAACGCACAGUCCCAAGGAGGUGAUGUUUUUGAACGAGUUAGAGGAGAUCUUAGAUGUUAUUGAACCGGCCGAGUUCCAGAAAGUAAUGGAACCACUGUUUCGUCAGAUAGCCAAGUGCGUCUCGAGUCCACAUUUCCAAGUGGCAGAAAGGGCCUUAUACUAUUGGAACAAUGAAUACAUCAUGUCGCUGAUAUCGGAAAACUCGAAAGUAAUACUACCGAUAAUGUUCCCCGCUCUGAACAGCAAUUCGAAAACACACUGGAACAAAACCAUCCAUGGGCUGAUUUACAACGCCAUCAAGUUGUUUAUGGAGAUGAAUCAGAAACUAUUUGAUGAAUGCCACCGUAAGUAUAUGGCAGAGCAGGAAAACGAGCAGGAGAAGUUGAACCGACGGGAAGAACUUUGGCAGCAGGUAGAAAACCUGGCACGGCAACACCCAACCUAUGAAAAGUUUGCACCAACGAACGCAGAAACGACCGCCAGCGAGCUGGCUCUCGCUGCGGCAGGAUCUGCUGCGGUUGCCGCAGGGAACAACACGGACAAGGACUCAGUCUUAUCGCGAUCUUACAGCAGAGCACCGGUGGCUCAACCGAAAACCUAAUUUGGGGACACGUAUUGAACUGUUGAUUUGGUACGUUUCUUUAUUUUUCUGUUUUUUUUUUCUAGCAAGUACCUUUUUUAAAAAAGAAACAUGAGCGAGUGGAAAAGUCUGUAUACAAGACGGUUCGAGAACGUGAAACGAAAAAAAUGUUUUUAACACUUGAAAAUUAUGCAUAAUAAAAAAAAAAGAAUAUUAAUGUAGGUAAAACAAGGAAAACAAUUACUAGAGCAGCAAGAAAAGUGUCAAGCACACGCGCAUAGUUGGUUUUUGUAUUCUACAUUGAGCUGAAACAGUACUCUGAUAGGAAAAAGAAGGCUUUACUACGACAUUGGAAUAUUUUGCUUCAUUGCUGCCCUGGACGGCAAAGAAGAAUUAUUAUAAAGUGCAACGAUUGUCGUUGGACAUUAUCUUUUGUGUAACUCUCCGUUAUCCUUCAAAUGUUCUCGAUAAGACUCUGUUAAUAAGCUUUCUUUUAUUUUUUAACGGUAAUGUAUGAUUACAAAAGAGAUGAUUAUUAUACUUAUGACUAUUAUAACUACUUCUACUUCUCUUUAAGACAGAAGACUCUAUCUGUGCUAUUACUGUUUACGAAGAAUGCAAAAAUUGCUAUAAAUUAUAUAGGAUAACUACAAUCGCGAAACAAACACGCAAACCACGCUACCCCCUACUUGGUUGGGACCUAUAAUAGAAGAUGCAAGUGAAGUUAUAUGAGACAGUUUUUAUGAUGCUCUAAUAAAAUCUCUGUAGCAAAUGCAUGAAGAGUUGAACUAAAAAAUGACACUGUUCAUAUAGGAUGAAGUAACAAAUUUACAAAAAAAGGCACUUUCGAACGGCAAACAAGUAAAGUUCGUAUUUGCUAUAACUAUUGUUUUUUGCGUAACUGAAAAGAAGAAACAAAUCAUACACAAUUUUUUUUUAUAUUUUCCGUAUCACCGGAAGAAAAGCAUAUUAGACAGCAAAUUCCAAAUGGUUCAGUGUAAUUUUGACACACGCAAAAUCAAAGUUGAUUAAGGCAAGAUAAUAAUUGUUAGGUUUUUCACUAAUAAAAAGAACGGAAACGUGCAA